AUGAGCACAAAUACCAGUGAUCUCGAUGUUACUCUUGUCGACUACUUUGCCGUCGCCGGCUAUGACCCAGAUACUGGACUUGUGGUAAAUUUUGGCCAAAGUUUUGUGAAACUCUGAAAAAACAUUAAGCAUUUCCAAAAUAGGAUCUGACAAAAACUGAAAUUGCAAGAAUUCAAACAAGAGAUUCUUCAAAAUAGCAAAGCCAACCUCAUGAAUAAACACUGAAUGACGCUCCCGCAAAAACCGAUAAUUUAUGCGAAAAGAAUUAGAGAAAAAGGUCAAAAAGAGAUUGAGAAUGAGAGAAAGCCAUUUUUGUACUCCUUCUGGACGUGGUAGUGCCGGGAAUCGAAAAAAAGCAGAAAUAAACAUAGAAAAGAAUGAUAGAAGAUGUUAUAAAGUGUUUAAAAUUCAGCUUGACGCCAAAUACGAUCCGAACCACAGUCCGGGCGAGUUUCCUGGCAGCUCAACGCCGGAGGUCCGAGCGCCACUCCAACGAUCCUUUGUCGCCAAAAUAAUAAAUCAUUUUCCGCAAAGACGACCCGGAAAUCCAUUUUCCAACGAUAUACUUCAUGUGAGCUUUCAACUGAAUCAAAUUUUAACGUUUUCUUAUUUAGUUAUGCAUGCCCAGAGGUCUUCGAUUCUACACGGAAAAGGAUGUUCCGAAAAAACCAAUGGUUCACACAUUCGCCAAUAUUCGAGAAGAUGGAAGUAGAAUCAACGGUACGGCCAUCACGUUUUACGAAGAAGUGAAGGAUGUGAGCAUUUGCGAAUCGAUGGCUCAGUUGCAGCAGGACCACGUGAGAGAAAUAACAGCGAGACACAAUGGAGUUGUCGAAAAGCAGCAGAGAACUCAUCAUCCGCCGGGGACCGUGUCUGGUGAGAGAAGGAAUGGAUUUAGACGGCUAUUGAACUUAUCUUUCAGGUGGCACUCACACGUUGCCCAGGAAUCGGAGAGAUCGCACGAAAAGAGUGUCUUACUACGAAGGAGGAGGUCAUAAUUCUCUUUUCAUGUAAGUGUUCGGAGUUUGAAAGUGUACAGUUAGGUUCAAAAAUUAACUCAGAGAAAUUGGCUGCAAUUUCGUGGUCUCUAAAUUCUCUAUCUUUUUUUCAGGUCCCGUACAAUUUGUGUAAUUUCGCGUCUUCCACUCGUUAAUUCCACACGAGCUCUUCUUUCGGCCCUUUAUCAGAUUAUCUCCUCUCCGACGUCUCCUCAACUACCAUUGGAAUCCUACAUCUACUGGUGUCUCUACGAAGUGCCGCUCCCUUCUCCGAGCAUGACUCUCAAGGUAACUCUUCCUAUUCUUUAGGUCCGUCCAUCCUCUUUUCUUUUCCAGAUUCCUCUUCUAGACACCAUUCUCGUCGUUCAACGUCCCGGCCCGAAAGAAUUGCCUUUUUUCGACGACUCGAUUGGAAACAUUUUUGACUUUCUGCCAGUUGAGAAGUUCAUCCGUCUCUUCUCCUGCUUUCUUCUCGAACAUCAAAUUCUUCUCUGCUCCAAAGAUCUUUCUCGGUUAAUGUCCGUUUGUGAAUCGCUCCUCGCUCUCUCUUUUCCGUUCCGAUGGCAGAUGACGUACGCUCCGGUCCUUCCAUACUCCAAACUCGACUUUUUCGAAGCGCCCGUUCCCUACGUUAUGGGAUGGUAUUACGAAGAAUCAGUGCCACAGGAGCUCUUUCAAAGCAACGUUUGUGUCGUGGAUUUGGAUGAGGGAAGAGCGGAACUUCCGGAAGACGUUCCUAUUUUCCCGGGAGCUCGCCAGCUAGCCAACGAUAUAAAGAAUGCGUUGGAAAGGCUCGCAAGUACUGAUAAAAUGAUGACUUCUGUGUCUACAGUACGAGAAACCGAAGAAUUGGCGGAGGGCGGAGUGAAAAUGAGGAAAAAGAGCAGAAGGCCGGAUGACUGGGCAGCCAAACGAAUGAGCCGUUCCUUCGAUUUGGAAGAUGGAAGUGCACUCAGCGAAGAGUUCAAUGGUUCGUAUUUAUAAUUUACAAAUUCGGUCUUCAAUUCAUCCUUACUGAUUCAGGAAUGCUCCGACGGCCUUCCCGAACAGGUUUGCAGCCAUUACCCCUGGAGAAUGUGCUCAGGAAUAACUCCACACUCGCAAGAGUGGCCGAGAUUGCUCGAAGAGCCGGAGUUGUCGUGGAUGUGAACAAUAUAGAAACGGAAUUGGGCGGGGCACAAAAUCUGGAUUCUCCAGUCGCCAGGCACUAUUUCGCUGUAAGUGACGAUUUGCCACGUGGCCGGUCAUUUGCAUUUCCACUGAUAAUCAAUUUCCAGGACGCCAAAGUGAACAAUGCUAUCCGCGAAUGCGUUCUCAAUCGUUUCGUCGAAAUGUUUUAUUCCUACGAGCACUUUGUUAUCGGAGGACAAGGAUGCGAUGAUCGGGAGACGUACGAGACGAAUCGCGAGAGCAUGGCCAGUUUCGACAAGGCCUCUUUCCUCUCUGAUCAGCCGGACAGCCACUUGGCAUUCCUCGCUGCGUUCCUUGAAACUCAGAUGUUCACUUCGUUCAUAGACGCAAAGAUCCUUUCCCAAUGGGAGUCUCCGGACGAAGGCGUCGUUCUUUUUGAUGCUCGAAUCGCUGCGAUGCGGGAACUUCUAGGAGUUUCCAUCGUCCGCACGCCCACUUACGAAGCCACGCCCCCUUUUGCAGUCACUGAAGAGCUCAUUUCCAAGCGAGAAGAGACGACGGACUACGUGGUUCCGGCACCGCAUGCUCUUGCUGGAGCCUUCCCGGUUCGAUAUGAAGGGCGUGGCCUAUCCAUCAAUUGAACACGUCCCUUCUGGAUGGAGCCAACCUGAUCAGUCCGGCACCUUCCCCGUGGCGGCAGCGCUAUCCAAGGUUGCGGUCACAAAAAGGAGAAGGUCACAAUGGGAACUCGGGAUCUCCGUCUGUAAGGCCAACAAGUGUGUACGGAGGAGCAGGGCUUAUGCAAGUGGAGUCUAGCACGCAGAUUGCACAACAACAAUACGCAUUCGUUCAGCAACUGUUGAAGGAGACCAAAGGUACGAAAACCAAAAGGUUCCUAUAGGUAUGGGGAAUUGAACCCCCCGCAAAAUGUCGGAGAGAGGAAGAGAGAGAUGGGUAAGAGGCUGACUUCUAGCAUAGCAAUAAUGUCGGAGAGAGGAAGAGAGACAUUCAAGCGAAAAAAGUUACGAGGCAGGUCCCGCCUCCAUGGAGGAGGCGGAACCGCACAAAUUUAAAAAACGGCAAGGCAGCUCAACAGGCAGCUCAACAGAACGACAAUACACAAAAAAAAUUUACAAACGAGGGAGCCUUGUUUUUCAAAAUGCACCAUCAAAAUACCAGCUGAAUAACAGGAGUACCCGGAAUACCGAGCAAGCGGAGCCCCUGCCCGAUUUUUGGCCGCCGGCGGGUCAAAUGAGAGUCUCAUGUGGGUCAAACGCUCAUGCCGAGAGAUGUGCCAAACACUCUCGCCGACUCGCCGUUGGGCCUGAUUUUACCCACGCCGGUUUGCCUGUGAUGGGACAGGGCUGGCGUUCAAUACCCCAAUACCUCCAGAAACCUUUUUGUUAGACUGAUGGGCAUCAUGGAAUGAUUACAGCGAAAACAAAGAGGAUGCUUGUCGACAAGAUGGGAAAAGAUGCAGUGGGACAUUUAGAUGCAGGAAUUACGGGCGUCGAAGAGAAUACUCUAGUCGCUUCGUUCUGUGAUCUUUUGGAAAGGAUUUGGGCGCACGGACUCAAAAACAAACACGUAGGAUGCUUUUGAAUAUAUGGCUCCUGUAAAAAAUACUUUCAGGGAAAGUCUUCGCUCUGGAACUUCGUACUUCAACAUCAAGACUUGGAGAAACCAGGACUGACGACAAGAGCUUCGUCCACUUCGAUGCUCACCCCAGGUAUGACGUCGAACGAAUUCUGCCAUGUUCAGGAUUCUCUCUUAUCCGUGAUUCUCUCUAAUUCUUCAUAGUCUUUCUUUUAUGCAAAUUUCUUUCCUACUUCUCUCUUUAUUCAGCGUUAGCGUGGCUCGUCUUGCGACGAAAAAUCGAACGUAAGAAACUGAAAAAGCGGUGAAAAUCGUGUCGGUUUGUGAACCGAAUGACCGCUUUUUAAAUUUUGCUGGCUGAAAUACUAUCUGGCUGCUGAUUCAGAGUCGCUGAUGAAUAUUUAUGAUUUUUUUUCGGUGAAUCGUGGUUUGAAUUCAUUAGUUCAAAAGGCAUGAAUAUGGUAUUUAACAAAGCGAAAUGCGAGCUAUUCUAUCUAUCCGCGUACCACUAUCGUGCUGUUUUCCUCAUUUCCCUAGUGUUGUCCAUUUCAGAUCAACGGGGAUUCCGUGCUCCGUCCCUCCCUCCCGCCCCUCCGCCUUCCCAUCAACGUCGUGGAGCCCCAAUAGACGAAGUUCCAGCUCCAAUCAUCCUUUCCCCUCAAAAUGACACGGAUGUUUUGACUGCCAUCAGCGACAUCGUUGACUCUUUCCGCGGAGCUCCAGAAGAGCCGUGGAGCAAGUCGCUCCUCCGUGCAGCCAAUUUCAUCGCAGAUAAGAUCACGAACGGAGAGAGGGAUUCGAAUGGAAACCCGCUGGAAAGCAAUGCGCCCGUCGUCCCUCCGCCACGACCCCCGCUUCCGAAUCCGUCGAUAAUUCGUGCGCGGAAUCAAUCCGUCGAGCCUUCCGGAAUUCCGUACUCUGGAAGGAGCAUGAGGAAAUCGACUAGUAUUAGUGGUCAGUAUUGUGGUUUUGGAAUGGUUUAUUGCUUUUCUUUCCUACUAAUUCUCGACUCAUCCGUCUUCAGCUACUCAAAACAGUACUAAAACCACUAAAAACCAACACCAAAACUCGUGUUCCUAACGCUUUUCCCCCGUGGUUAAUCGAUCCCGCUGUCCGUCCCAGAUCCGUGUGGUAUUGAUUGAUAUUGGCAAUGGUUUUGAAGAGCUUUCAUGUCUUGGGUCCUGCUCUAACACUUCAUUUUCGUUUCACAUCUAACCUCUUUUCCUUCUACAGACUUUACAAACCCGGCCUGGAGUGGAUCUCAAACGGAUGUCUCCAAUUUGGGCGGAUAUGCGAGUGUCGAAGGAUCGCCUCGGAAAAUGCGCUCUCAGAGCAGAACCAGGAGUCCGGACGGAGCGAGAGUCGUUCUUUCACCCCUUCCCACCCACGUCGCAUACGAUCUGAAGUCAGUUUCGAAGAAAAAUUCAAUUUAAAAUAAUCUGAUUUAACAGGAACGUGCUCCGAAUGACCGAAAUCAAGACGGACAUCGGGUACGCCCGUGCCUUUGUCCGAUUGGCGCUUGAGCGGAAGCUGCUGCAUAAACACUUGGGUGCUCUGCUCAGCAACUCCCGAGUUUUGAGGUUUGGUCUCUUCAUUUCUUUGUUCACUUUCAAAAGUCGUUUUGUUUUUUGCAGAGAGCUCUACAAACCGUACGCCUUUGUCGGCAGCGACGAGGAGAAAGAGCAGUUCCUUUUCCACAUUCUCACCUUGAACACUGCUCAGUUCAGAUGCUUCACCAACACAUUCACCAAAACAAGUGAGCUCAUAUCUGCAGAAUGGCCCUCUUCAUGAUUUCAUUUUCAGAAAUGGAUUAUCAAGUGGUGAUUGUGACGGGUGGCGGUCGUGGAGUAAUCCCGGCAAUUUGGGUUACGGUCGAAGGAAGCCUCUGUUCGACGCCGCCUAUCAUGCUCGAACCGAACACUCCGCUUUUCAAAUUCGACGUGAGCUUAUCCGAAAACGAGUCCAUCUUGAUCAAAUCUCUACUUUUAGCAUAAAAAUCUCGGAAUCCUCUCCACACUUCGAAUAGGCCAUCAACAAGACGAGAAGCCCGCGCAAUGGUUCCUCGAAUACGUGCUCGUUCGAAAUGAAAUCACCGGACAGACAUACAAAUUCCCGUGCUCGAAAAAGUUCGGCGAAGACCGAUGGUUCGGUAACGGAGAGGAUAUCACUCUCGAAAGGAUGCUCGUCGCGGAACCAUUCGUUGAAUACGACGGAAACGAAAACGGAGCUCCGGAGCGAGAAGAACCGUACUCCCCAGCCAGAACUCGCCGGUUGAGCUCUCGGAGCCAGACACCGCAAAGGGAAAGAAGUCCGUCAAACGGGCGAAUGACUGAAUCGAGCUCCCGUAGCAGGAGUGAGUCUUCUUUCCCGCACUUUCUUCGCAAUGUUUACAAUUCAGAAACCAAAAUCAGCGAAGUGGAGCAUCUGCUUUUAGAAGCAGUCAAUGCACUCGUAAAGUAUUUCUGCUCGGAGAGAAAAGUGAAAAGCGAGUUGGCUCAUCUGCUGUGCGGCCAGAAGGGACUCGUUCUGUCCAUCGAGCAGGCAUUCCAGAUCGGCCGACAAGAGUCUCUUCUCAAGUAUUUCCGGAAUACGUGCCCGUGGGAUUACAUUGGUAAGUGAAUGGAAACGGAUUGGGAAAAACAGAUUACACGUAUUACAGAACGGAUAUGUUCGUGGUUCUUCGAUUUGUGCCGGAAGAAAGAAGUAGAUAAACUGCCAAAAGAGCAGAAGACCAUGAUUCAUCACGUUCUAAGGUUAGUUAACGGUGACAAGAUCAACGGUAUCCUUCUCCUUUUUGUGAUUUUUCGUUAUCCGGUCACGGAAGCGCUUUCACACUCUUUCACUGCUGCUCUUCCGGUUCAAAAACAAAGGGCUGUACGUGAAGUGCCUCCGCUUGUCCCUCGAAUACACUCAUCUUUCGAAUUGGCGUUUCAGAUUGUAUCGCAAGAUCGACGCAAAGACAUCGCUCGGAAAGGACGGCAAAUUCCACGUGUUUGUGCUUCUCUCCAUCAGGUUUGACCUCCUUCGUUUCCUUCAAUUCGGAUCGCUAUCGUUCCGUGCGGGAUCCAUUUCUAUCAUUAGCCUUUUCCCGACUAUCCGAUCGUCGCUCGUUUCGGUUUUGUAUACGCAGCUGGUUUUACAAUUUUCCACAUUCAGAAUACGGGGCGAUCGAAAAGCCAGUCGUUCUUUUACAGCCCUUUUGACCUCUAUUUCUCGAGUGAGAAGAUAUGAACAACGCGUGAAUCAGUGAGGGAGACGUCACCUGAUUCCACCUCAUGCUAGUCAUUCACAAGAAAUUCCUCUAAGCUAAUAUAACUUUCGCGUUCUUUUCAACGCGGUCACUCUCUUCCAGAGAUCACAUCUUCCCGGGACUUCUUCCUCUGAUGCGGUACUCGCCAGUCACCACAGACAUGUACAACGAACCGUCGUUCCUUCGCACCCACUCCCACAUGAACUAUUUGUCGAGACUGAUGUAUUCGCUCUCCGAAUUCAACAUCACAAUUGACUCGAGUUUAACCUAUGGUAUAUCCUAGACUCGUCUCUCUCCCUCUUUCUCUCAUAUCUCUUCUAGAAGUAGCCGUUCCAUUUUUAGUUUUGACCCCUUCGUCCCCCGGUUACCUUUUUUUCUGUACUUUCUGUCUUCGCUCUCCUCUGGGUCUCUUCCCCGUACACACACACUCUCAGUGCCACCUUUUUCUGACUUCAAAAACGUUACAGCAAUACUCAUGACACAUUUUCUUUGUUUCUUUUCCAUCUCUGCUUUUCGUGUGCUCUCUUCCCCCAUGUUUUCUAUCAGCCUGGCCCCAAAAUUGCCAUAAUUUGGUCCUUCUUGUAUAGUUCAAGAUUUCUCCGCUCUUCUUACACAUUCGCACUUCUUUUUUCUGUCGUUUGUACAUAAAUUUCAAUCUCUAUCUGACACUGUUUUCUUAAAUUCACUACGGUCAGACAUGUCCGAACUUAUGCUUGUGUACCCGUUUAUUAACCCCGAGUUUCAGCUAAUAUCCUAUUCAGAUGACGUCACCGUCAACAUCACCAAUGUAUUUACGGGUAGUUUCAGCCGUCUUCUAUGGAGCAAUUUCGGUGCUCAUCGUGUUUGUUAACAAGAUUCUUCUCACUAACUUCAGGUUUGUCACCCAAUUUCAAUGAAAAUUCAUGACGGUCUUACUUGCAGAUUCCCGUCGUUCCUGUUCGUGGGAGUCGGUCAGAUGGUGGCCACAAUCUUCAUUCUCUUCUUCGCCAAACUGUUCCGAAUUGUGCAGUUCCCGUCGCUUGACUCUUCUAUUCCUCGCAAAAUAAUGCCACUUCCCCUCCUCUACUUCUUCAAUCUCAUCUCUGGACUCGGCGGAACUCAGAUGAUCAAGUCUGAAACUCUGUUUUUACUCUGAAAUGAAACGAAUGGAUUUUCAGCUUACCAAUGUUCACCGUUCUACGGCGUUUCUCGAUUCUAAUGACGAUGAUUUUGGAAUUCUAUAUUCUAGAGUGAGCGCCCAAUCGAAAUAAUUCUUUCGAGCCGUCCUUUCAGCGUGAAAGCAUCGAGAGCAGUGAAAGUCUCAGUUGGAUUGAUGAUCGGAGGCAGUUUCAUCGCUGCCAUUUACGAUUUGAGCUUCGACGCCGUCGGAUACACAAUGAUUUUCGUCAACAACAUUUGCACGGCUGCAUUGGGAGUUUAUACGAAGCAGAAACUCGAUGCAAAGGUGAGGAGAGGAAUGGUUUUGCGGGCAAAAGAAUGAAUAGGAAGAAUGACACUCUUUCUUGCAAAAAGAACGCGUUAUAAAAGAGAGGGAGCAGGCGACGAAACGCAGGCGCGCUUUUAUGAUUUCGGAAGAGACACGUUGCCUUAAGACGUAUCUUUUAGGACCUCGGAAAGUACGGACUCAUGUUCUACAACUGUCUCUUCAUGCUUCUCCCGGCCCUCUGCGUAGUGCAAUACACGGGCGACCUGGAACGUGCCUACUCGUUUAUGCUCUCCGAUUCGAUGACUUCGUCCGUCUGGGCGUGUUUUGUGCUCUCUUGCGUCUGCGGAUUCGUGCUCAACUACUCGCUAGUCCUCUGCACGCACCACAAUUCCGCCCUGACGACCACCUGCGUCGGACCCAUCAAGAAUUUGUUCGUCACGUACGUCGGCAUGUUCUCCAGCGGUGAUUACGUCUUCCAGUGGGCCAAUUUCAUCGGUAUCAACAUCAGGUAAUCUUAAAAUCGGAAAAAGACGUAGUUCACGUUGAUAAUUUUUCCAGUGUGUUCGGAAGCAUUAUAUACACGUACGUCACGUUCCGUACCAAAUCGACGACGAUCUCUUACAAACCACUACCGAUGAUUCUGCCGACGGACGUGCACAGACCUCGGAAGUAA